AAACAGACAGUGCCUCAGGCAGUGGGUGCAGUGCCGCCGCAGCGAUCGAGGGCAGCUCACUGGCGCGCGCUGCACGUCCCGCGCCACGACGUUGACCUGAGGUGACCUGACCUCAGACGACCCGACCCGACCGCGAAGUGACGUGAAUAGAACUGCACGCAAAGGAUCUUAGACGGUCAGAGCUCAACUGAUUUGAAAGGCUGUGUUGGAGUGAAUGUGGGAAAUCCUGCGCAGACUCAUAUCGGCGUCGACCUAAGUGGCGGCUGGCCUGCCCUUGACUAGCAAGGGACGUUUCGUCGGUCAGCAGAGGAGACUGGAGGUGACAGAGCCCGUCCCAUCAGACGUAGACGUCACUGGAGAGCAGAAACGAGACUGAAUCGUGCGCCUCCUCGGGAGCACGGGAACACAGGAGGAGCCAGUUGUGUUCUAAUCUGAACAUUGAAGAGUGGGGAGCUGGAUCAGGCCUGGUCUGUGCCGGAGCGCCAGCGCGGUGAGCCGCCCCGCGCGCCCCGCACCAUGUCCUCCAACCUGCGAGUGAUCCGACGGAAAAAGUCCUCCCUGUCAGAGGUGAAAAUCGUCCUCUUUGGAGCGCCAGGAGUUGGAAAGAGUGCGCUGACAGUGCGUUUCCUGACGAAGCGGUAUAUCGGCGAGUACGAUCACCAUGGCGACCAGCCGCCGUACAAGUACGAACUGAUGGUGGACUCCGAACCGGUGCUGUUCGAACUGCUCGACACGUGCGCUAAGACGGCCGGUGAGCUGCCCUCGACCAAGACGCUGGACUGGGCCGACGGCUUCCUGCUGGUCUACUCUAUCACUGACCGAGAGAGCUUCAGCUAUAUCAAGCGGCUGCACGCGCACAUCUCCCAGUGGCGCCGCGAGGCGGGCCCGGCCGCCACCGCGCCCAUGGUGCUCGUCGGAAACAAGGGAGACAUGAUCCACCUGCGACAGGUCGGAUAUGAAGAAGGUGAGAUCCUGGCGCGCGACAUGGAAUGUCUCAGUUUCCGCGAGGUGUCCGCCUCCGAGCAGGUCACAGAGGUCGCCGAGGCGUUCAACGACCUCUGCCGCGAGGUCAACAACCACCGGCGCAAGAGCAAACAGUCACUGCUGGACCGCGUGCUUGGGGGUCGCGGCGGCCUACGGGUGUACGCCAGGGGCAAGAGUGACAGCGCGCUGCCCAAGGACUAGCGGUCUAUGGAGUGGUGCUGGAGGAUGUGAACGCCUAAGGGGAGCGGCAGAUAUGCGAGUUAAAGUCUGAGACACCAGCCCUGACUGAGAUGGACGUAAUCGUCCAUUUUUGGGUUAAGCCAGACGCGGAUUAGGAAUCGAGUUAUGAUUUUGUUCGCACUGAACCGCUCAUGUCCGUGAGAAUGUCCUAUAGCGCAGCGAGUGUCGAGCAAUAAAGAGAACAGUCAAAAUCAGCGAUAAGAUGAGCUCGCUGAACUGCAAAUAAGUGUAGAGCUACCACCGGUUGGCAGAAGCGGGGAGAAUCGUUCGGGUAAGAGUCUCCUGAUUUGUUCGAGAAUGCGCACGUUGCAGGCCUACAUAUUGUUAGCUCGUCAGGCCCAGAUGUUAGUACGUUUUCUGUAAGCAUCGGAACACUUGUCUCUGCGGGUUUCAGGACAGUGAUCUUUGUGCGUUUGUCGAUCUUUUGAACGGCAGGGUUCAUCCAGCCACGCUCUGUUCAAAGGGCUAGUUUAUGUGCUUUCUUGGAAUAUACAGGUGCAUUCUGUGUAUGCGUUGUGACGGUGAUAUCAUAAGGAUACGUUGUCUAGCCGAGACGCCAUAGAUAGACGUGAAUGCUUCAAGCGUAAUGUGAGUUAUUCGAAUGGGAUGCUUAUUCACGUCUUGUUUCGUGCAUCCAAUAAUUUUCGUACCCCCUGAAUGUCCUAGUUGUUCCCUCUUUUUCUGGAUGGAUCAAAUGAAGGAAGUGCAUGCGUGAGUGAUCACCAAACAAAGUCGGAUAGCACGGAUAAUUUGAUAGCAUGAUUGAUGCGUGUAUCUCUUUUGAAAACAGAUCUAAAUGCCACCAUAUUAUAGCACAUUUUCUAGAUAUGGACGGAAGCCUGUCUUAUGUGCUACCUCACAUCUUUUGUCUGUUUUGUGCCAAUGUGGUUUACUUGUGAAUUCUGUGAGCACACAACUCGUAAGGAUGAAAGCAGCGUCUGUACUGCCGAUUUGUUCUUCAUUUGCAUCAUAUUUUUAGGCAAGGGAGGCCAGACUAGUGGCUUUACAUGUGUGCUGUAUGUGUGCGCAUGCUGUUUAACCCGCGCCCCGCUGGGGGUCCUGGAUUUCCACGCCCUGCUGGGGGGGAGGGUGUUUGAACACCCCCCCCCCCCUUGUAACUCGGCUCCUGGGCCACGUAGCGAUACGCGGAAGGCGGCGUUCGAAAGAGCGUAAAAAAUAAUGACGAAAUCACUUCGGUCAAUUUUUUGGUCAGGUCAAAGGUCAGGUCACCAGAGGUCAUUGAAGGCAAAAUUUCGCCGAUUUCCAGGUCGAAUGUCGAAAAUUUCCAAGAAGCUAACGCAUAACUCGGGAACCAAUAGAGCUACAGCGCCGCAGAAAAGUGCAUUCGAUAGCCCUAUUAACGCCCUUUCUGAGUAAUUCUCUCAGAUUUGACCUAACGUCAACGGUUUUGCCUGCAGGGGGCAAAAACUGCAAAAAUAGCCGAUUUUUUCGGAAACAGUUUUUCUGCAAUAACUUUUGACCCAAGCCUUGUACGAGCUUACGUUUACCGGUAUCGUGUUCCUCUCGUCAAGACGCAUCGAAUGAACUAUAACUUGACCUUGAAAGAUCAACUUGAAAAUUUGACCUCAGGUCAAGGUCAUGACCUGACCGGAAAGGGUCAUGUUGCAUAUCAGUCGAUCCGUAUCGUCGAGCUGAACACAUAUAAGGCGUUUUCAUCGCUCUAGCAUGUCUCUAUCAAAAGUUAUUUGCGAAAAACUGUUAGAUACCAUUCGUGACCUAAGAUGACCUCAGGGCACAAACAAGGGUCACGGACACCAUUUUCAUGUUCAGUGUGUCUAAACCACUUUUAAUUCGGUGUUUGGGAGUGUUUAUAAUGUCCUUCGUCCAAAAGAGGCGCAUUUCAAUUUUCUCCCAUUGACUUAUAAUGGGGAGGUCGCAAAAUUGACCUGACCUUAGGUCAUCGAUAUCAAAAUUCUGAGAUAUACAUUUUGUACAUGCUAUUGCUCUUAGCAAUCGCUGAAAGUUUCAAAGCGAUCGGUCACUCGGUGUAGCUAUGACAGAUAUUGAAACUUUUUAUGAGGUGAGGUCACUUCAAGUGACCUGGUGACCUGACCUUGAAUGACCUUGGUCUGAAAUUUUCACAACAUGUGUAGAAUUGAUGUAUGAUAAGGUGUACCAAAAACGGCGGCGCUCCGCGCCGCCGUUUUUGAGAUAUUCGCGAAAAACCACAAGGGGGGGUGUUCAAACACCACCCCCCCCCCCCCAGCAGGGCGCGGGUUAAGCAAGAGCGCUGAAUUAGGGUGUCACUAAGUGUCCUUGUACCUUUUGUUUAGUGCUGCUACGUGUUGAAUGAGGAAUGUCUCCAUCGCUUUAGAUCAUGACACCUUGGUGGCGUUAAUGGGCGUUGGUCGAUGACGUUCGCACGUGUGAUUGUGGUCGUCCUCGUGCCGGUAGUUCAGAGAUGACACGGUCACGCUUGUUGAUGGGCCUCGUCUGUGGCCGGCCUGACAUAUAUCGGAGUGCUGCAUUUUGUGGACUCACUUCGCUCGAUACCUACACGUGUAUUGUGUCAUGCUAUUUUAUUGAAAAUAAACCUUAUCAGCGAAGUUUCA